GGUUGAUGCCAGUCAUGCCUUCUCCCAUAGACUUACGUUGAGAGGGCGGGGCGUGAUGUCAUGAGGGGCGGAGUGACAUCAUGAGGGGGCAAACCCCGAAGCUCACACCAGCGUUCGGAACUAAAUGUGAGUACCCCAUGAACAUUAUAUUUUAAUAGUUUGGACAUUUCCAGACUCAGCGAUACCAAAUAUAAAAAAUUUGAAAAGGGGGGGAGAUUCAUACUUAUUCACAUAAUGAAGUGAGACUCCAACUCAAAUGUGGAUGCAGCCUAAGGGUGUUGCAAUACAGUUCCCGUGUCAGGUUUUUGAUGAAAAACGGAUUCCUCAAAACCUGACUAAACUGUAUCAAAACAAGUGUACAAAUUUCAACCCACAUACGGUUUGAACAAUUAUGUCCGGUUGCAUCCGUUUUUUAAGUAAAAAAAAGUAUACGUUUUUAACUUUUUUUCACUCCAUUAUGAAUAAAGUUUCACUUGUUUGAUUGGAAUUCCAAGAAAAAAACUGCAAAGUCAAAACCGAAUGGUGCAAACCGGAUGGGACCGUACGCACAUACGGUUCUGUACAGUUCCCAUUGACUCCCAUGCAAAAUAAAAAUAAAAAGUGUAGGGUUUUUUCAGCCAGACCAAAAAACGUAGUAGUCUACGUUUUUGGGUACGGGAAAAAAAACUGACAAAACAGACUUUACCGAAUGAUGCCUUUAACAUACCGUUUACAAUGUUAAGUCAAUGCACAUGGUUUGCUGUAUGAUUUUUAACUUGAAACCGUAUACGUGAACUGUAUAGCAAAAAACGUGGUGUGAAUAAUACUGAGCAAUGCUGCUCCAUAGCACAGCAUCGUUCAGUGUUAGGCCCCUUUCACACUACAGAUAAAUUCUUGUAUUCUGACACCUGUUAUUCAGCAUUAACGGGUUAUGAAAAAAUAGAUGAAAUAACUGAAUACAACGGAUGAUAACUAAUGACCAAUUUUGACGGACAUUCUAUCAAAAUAACGGACAUGUGCCAUCCGUUAUCUCCCGUUAUAUAGUCCGUUAUUUUAUGUCCAUUAUUUUUCUAUGUGGCUUACUGGUUGUGAUGCUGUACUGAGCAUGCUCAGUAGCAAUGCUGAACAUAAAGAUAACGGAUGUCAUUUCGUCACUCAUAGACUUCAAUGUUAAAAUUUUAACGUCCGUUAUUCCAUCGUUAUUUUUGAUGUGACAAUAAUUAGUCAUGCACUAAUUAUUGCACCAUUAUUUAUUGCACCAUUUGCACUGUCAAACAUAAUGGACAUUAACCAUUAUUUGCACUGUCAAACCUAACGGACAUUAAUCAUAACGGACAUAACUAAUGCUAAAGGAUGGUAAAAAAAAAUCCCAUUGAUGUGAAUUGGCUGUUUUGACAGCAGAUUUAUGGAUUUUCUGAGGGGAGCUCGUGAUGUGAGUUUUUGCAGGAACAUAACGGUAGUGUGAAAGGGGCCCUGAUUAGUGCUCCAUUACUACAGGCUGUCUGCAGUAUUGGAGCACCAGUCUCAUCAGCUGGAAGCAGUUAGAGACCCCUCUGUGCAUUCUCUUAACUGAUUGGGACCCUGUGGUUUUGUUGUUGUCCCGAUCAGCUCCCUAUGCUAAAUGGCAACUUUAUUUUCCUGUCUAAAUAGUUUAUACCCGACAUAUACUCAGUCAGCGAAGUCUUGGCUGCUCAUAGCAACCGGGAUCCACUCGCGUGCUUCAUACAAUGGGAGUGGGAUUAGAGCAAACAUUUAUGCCUAAUGUCCUGAAGGAGUUUUUAUUGGGAGUCCUUCAUGAUUUGGGUCGGUCUACACUACAUUUAAGUUUCUGAUUAUCAUAUGUUUUAUAGAUGUGAAACGGGGGGUAAUGUUAAUGGGUUCUGCUGUAUGCUAUAGAGCAUAAUCCGUUUCCCAUUGACUUACCUUUUUUAUAUAAAUAAAAAAAUUUAUUGGAUUGCAGUGUAUACAUUUGUCCUGUAAAUAACAGUGCAGUUGACUACAUUUUAGUAUUCAGCAAAAUAAAUGUCUAACUCACACGAUCACCCUCCGGCAGGAUAUUUAUGUCCUGGCAAUAGCCUGAGACUACAGAGAUCAGGAUAUGGAAAUCUGUAUCCUGAUCACUGGGGUCCUGGGCUAUGAAAUUGCCUGGAGACUGAUGUCCUACUGCGUGGGUACGCUUUGUUUAUUGACAUAUACAGUAUCCUUUGCAGCUUUAAACCCUGUGCAUCAAAUAUGCAGAGUGCAGUGUAGACUAAAUGACUGAACACAGCUUAAAAUCUGCAGCUUCAAAUUUGCGCACCAUUAGGAGUGUCGCUUUAAGACAAUUUCCUCAGGAUCUUUAUAUUUAAAAAUAAAUAAAAUAGCACAAAUAAGGCUAGGUUCACACAGCAAGUCUAUAGCAAUGCAGGAUAAGAAUCCUUUUGCACAAAUCCAGUCUUAAUAUAUAUUUUUUGCUUAACUUGUAAUUGACUUUGACCUCCAAGGGCAUAUUCACGCAGACCCACUUUUUCUGCGUCAAAAAACAGUGUUACUUAAACAAAUGUGUGAACAUAGCUUAAGAAAUGAAUAUUCUGAGCGCGUUGCUUCAGCAGAGACACCGAUCAUUCCAGGUAUCAGUUAUCGGUCAUAUCAGCCAUAUUAUCGCAGCAUCUGUCCAAGCAUAACUUACCAGUUACUAUGUCAGGGAACCUUAUUUCCCAGUCUGAUUGAUGCGCUGCAGAUCCAUGUGUAACCAUGUAGACUGUGUCAUAUAUUAAGGAUUUUAAAAUGACUCAGUGAUCUCCCUAUAAGGUGAGCUAUAUGUGAGUGUGUGAUGAUGGCAGACACUUGCACUAUAGCGAUACCUAUUGGGAAGAAGCGGAUGCCAACUGUAUGUUACUUACUGAAUGUUGUGAAGUUAAGAUGGCGCUCUUUGACAGCAGUUGGACAGCGGGUGCCAGGGUCUCGAUUCAUUGCCUUCAAAGUACCUCUGAAAGGGGUCGCCAAUCAGCGUGUGACCCAGAACCAGAAGUUCACCCCAAAAGAUUUAGUAUCUGCAGUCCGUUCCCAAAAUGAAGAGCUGGGAUUAGUGAUUGACUUGACCAACACUGAACGUUACUAUACCACUAAGGAUUUACCAAAAAGUGUGCAGUAUGUGAAACUCCACACAGCAGGACUCAAAAUUCCAGAUGAUGCCACCAUUCACCAGUUUAAGAGGGUGGUGUGGAAAUUUUUGGCUGCUAAUUCUGAUAAUGAUAAACUCAUUGGUGUUCACUGUACAACUGGAAUCAACAGGACAGGAUUUCUUAUAUGCAGAUACCUGAUUGAUGUUGAUGAAUGGAAGCCAAUGCAUGCACUAACUAUAUUUGCUCAAGCUCGAGGCCACUGCAUCGAAGGAACAGUCUACAUUGAGGAUAUUGUGAAAGGACCUCGACGAAGCAAUGCUGGUAUAGACUUGCCUCCAACCAUUGAUGAGCCAAGGCUUGAGGAUGAAGAUGAUCUGCACAGGGAUGGAAGGCCACGAGAAGAUUCCAUCAAGUCAUUACUUGAGCUUAUUCCAGGAAAUGAAUAUGCAGAUUUUGAUGCUCGAAGGCCACCUAUGAGAGCUAGGUCAGAUGAAUAUCAAGAUGAUAGUAGAGAGUUUUACAACCCCAGGCCUGAUUUUAGAGGGAGAAUGCCACCACUUGGGGAUAUGGAUGAUGUUGAUCUUCGCUUGCCAAUGGAACAUCGAGAUUUUCCUUCCAAUAUCUCAGAACGUUUCGGUGCUCCUGAAAUGUUUCAAAGGCCAGGGGAUCUAGAUGGCAGAUAUAACCCUGGACUAGAAAACAGACAAGACUUUCAGAGUUCUGAACCAAGGCCUCUAAUGGAUGUUAGAGAUAAUUAUGGACCGAGAGAGAUGCAAAGGCCCCGUGGAAUGCCUCAUGAACAGAUGGGUUAUGAUGAUAGAACAAGAGGACAACAGAGCCCAGCACAAGGCUUUUAUAAAGAGCCUGCCCCUAAUCGUAUACAGUCAUUCCCACCUGGAAAGAUGAGCAGUGCUGAAUAUGAUGACAUGGAGGCUGAACCUAGAAUGCGCCCUCUGAACAGGGAUUUCAAUUUUAGAGAGAGUGUGCAUCGCCCAGAGUUUCAAAGCACGGAAAUUGAGAAUUACAUGUUUGACCCUAGAGAUAGAGAAACAAUGGCCGGUCCUUAUAAUGAAAGGAUGCACCCAAGAAAUGCUAGAGUACUAGAUGGUCAUAUGAAUGAUAGAAUGAAUGCCAGGAAUCCACAACAACUAGGUGAUAGACGAGACAUGGAAGGCCCUAUACAGGAAAGAAUGCAAUCAAGAGAUGGAAGAUUUAUGGAAGGCUUUGUAAAUGAAAGGUAUCCACAAAGAGAUGCCCAAGGUAUUAGAAAUGUAAUGGAUGAUAGGAUGCAUUUACCGAAUGGAAGGCCAAUGAAUGGACCGGUGAUUGAAAGGAUACAGUCCAGGGAUGCACAGUUCAUGGAAGGCCCAAUGAAUAAUAGAAUGUAUCCUAGGGACACACGACAAAUGGAGGGUUCUGCAAAUGAAAGAAUGCAGCCAAGAGUUGGAAGAUUUAUGGACCUUCCUUUGAAAGAAAAGUUAAACCCUAGGAAUCAACAGCCUAUGGGAAAUGAAAACAUGCCCUCAAAGGAUCUAAGAGCCUUAAGUCUUUUAAUAAAUGAAAUGAUGUCCUCCAGAGAUCCAGGACCCAUGGAGGGACCUCAGAAUGCUAGAAUGCAUCCAAGGAUUGACCGAGCAAUGGAGGGAGGCAUAAAUAAUCAAAUGUAUUCAAGAGAAGGACCCAUGAAGGAACAUGUGCCCCUAAGAGACACAAGAGCCCCAGAGGAGCUUAUGAAUGUGCAUAUGUAUCAAAGGGAUGUAGGCACCAUCCAGGGGUCCAUGAAUGAACCGAUGCACCCAAGAGAUUCUCGAGCUAUGGAGGGCUCCAUGAAAGAAAGAAUGUACAUGCGUGGUGCAGAAUUCCCAAUGAACAAACAAAGAUAUUUUAUGGAUGACACAAGACCUUUUGAGGGAAGAAAGAUGAACCCUUCUGAAGAUUUUAAAGGAGCUAAUAGAUUUGCGCCAUAUCCUUUCCCGAAUAAACAAGUACAACCUUCCGAAAUCUCUAGAGAACCGCCAAGACAUGAUAUCAGAGAUCCCCGUAAUAUAUUGCCUCCAUCACAGAAUGCCAUCGGCUACCCACCAAGAAGCAGAUUCAACUAACAUUGUCAAUCCUGGGGAUAACUUUUUUUUUUUUUUCCCGAAAUACGUCAGUAGUUGUAAAGAUUUCUUUUAUUUCCAUUUGUAAAAUGUUCCUAUGUCAUAGACAGUGUUACCUAUGAUCCUUUUUACAACUGUCCUCUAUAGGCUACUUUUUUAUGAUCUGUGAGAGAAGUCGGGCAUACUGUAACUGAAAUGUCGCUUUAAAAAUAGUCUUUCCCACUAUACCCCAUUAUUGGAUUUAUAAGAUUUAACUUACAUUUCCCCAUUAAAUAUGGUUGUCACACAAUGCAGGAAGCCAUUUCUCUAGAAGCUGCCGGUCACUGAAUUGGAAACUCUCAAGUUCCAUCAAUACUGUUGUUGAGUGUGCAGCAUCUCUAUUACCAAAGUAUGAAAGAGAGUGAAAUACAUAUUGUUAAUACUUUACAAGCAGUUUGUCUUUGCAUUGCCAUCAUAAUUUUUCUAACGUUAUCAAAGUCUAAUUAUAUGGACUUCCCUAUAAAUUUUUCUUUGAUAUUAUGAAGACUGCAAAAUAUGCCUAAUUCAAUGCACUUUUCAUUGUAAUGUGUUAUCAUUUAUUAAACCGUGCGGCUGUGUUGUGUUUCCAA